CAUAAAAAGGCCCAGCUGAGGUGAGUCCAACAUCAGUUUCCAGCCAUCACCAGUCCAAACCAAAAUGAAGCAUUUCCUGGCUGUCUUGGGCCUGCUCCUGGCCCUCAACUGUGCCCCGGCCUUCGCGGCAGAUUCCGGUCUGUGCGAAAAACUCUUUAAAUCGGCCAGUGACUUUUGCGAAAAGGACCUCUUAUUUACCGGAUUAGCUGCGCAGAGAUUGAAAAGGGCCUCGAGUUUUUUACGAAGCAGGUUCAAAGCGGCCAAUCGCAAAUCUGCAAGAUCCCAUUCAUUGGGUUUCUCUGCAAGCCCUGCGAAGACUCUGGCUCGGAAUCUUCUAAGCCGGCAGAUGCAUUGAACGGCACAGCUCCGGCCGCGGAUGCUGCUGCCAGUCCUGCCGUUCGCUCGCAUCACAAGAGAUCCCUGCCAAUAGCCAACCGUGAAUAGUGGAACGGAACAUUCUCCUUGGAGCUCUUUAUAUAUGUAUUCUAUUCAAUUUAUUCCCCUAAUAUCUAUCCCCGUUCUCUGCACCUUGGCAUGCCAAUAACCUAAAUAUAUAUUUCACCAGCAAUGC